GCUCGGCUCGGCUCGGCUCGGCUCGGCUCGGCUCGGCUCGGCUCGGCGUCCCCCCAGAGCCGCCCUCGCUGAAGCUGUCAGCAGCCGCAGAGCUGCGAGUUCCUCCCCCCUGCCCCCACUUCCAACCUCCCCCUCCCACCCCACCCCCCCCCGGGGUUUCUCCAGGGGCUGCUCGGCCUCGCUAUAAAUAACAGCGGCUCCGACGCCGAGGCUCCAGCAAGGCGCAGCUCACCCCCAGCAACUCCCGGGAGCCCCGACGGGAGCCUGUGUCCCCAUGGCGUUGCUGCUGAGACUCGGCUGCUCGCUGCUGGCCCUCAGCACCUGCCUGCUCCCGAGGGCGCGGGCGGACUGCGGCCGCGACUGCGCUGCCUGCGCCUACCGCCUGGGACCCCGCGCCGCCAUCCACCCCCUGGCAUGUACACUAGAAUGUGAAGGAAAGCUGCCUUCUGCCAAAGCCUGGGAGACCUGCAAGGAGCUCCUGCAACUGGCAAAGCUGGAUCUUUCUGAGGAUGGCAACGUUGCUCCAGGAGACAGGAAAGAGCUGGAUGAGAACCAUCUGCUUGCAAAGAAGUAUGGAGGCUUCAUGAAAAGAUACGGGGGAUUCAUGAAGAAAAUGGAUGAGCUCUAUCGGGUAGAACCGGAGGAUGAAGCUAACGGAGGAGAAGUCCUGGCUAAGAGGUAUGGAGGGUUUAUGAAGAAAGACUCGGAUGAUGAUGCCCUUGCUAAUUCCUCUGAUCUGCUGAAGGAGCUUCUGGGAACAGGGGAUAACCCUGAAGCGGGGCAUUACCGAGAGAUAAAUGAAAACGAUGGGGACGUCAGCAAAAGGUAUGGAGGCUUCAUGAGAAGCAUAAAGCGCAGCCCCGAAUUGGAAGAUGAAGCCAAAGAGCUGCAAAAGAGAUACGGUGGUUUCAUGAGAAGAGUGGGCAGGCCAGAGUGGUGGCUGGAUUACCAGAAACGAUAUGGUGGGUUUCUUAAGCGCUUCGCCGACUCCAUUCUCCCUUCAGAAGAAGAUGGGGAAACUUAUUCCAAAGAGGUCCCAGAGAUGGAAAAGAGAUAUGGUGGAUUUAUGAGAUUUUAAUACCUUUCCCUUUAUCCCUUUUGUCCUCAAUGAGAAAGACUGCCUUACUGGUCAUAACUUAUUGUAACGUGUUGCUUGUACUGUACAGUUUUUUACUGUCCUUGGUUAAUGAUGCAACCUGCGAUUUGUUGUUUCAGGUUCUGUGUUCUUUCCAGUCAAAUAACUAAUUUCUCUUUUAGUCAAGUUUCAGUCUGUAUUGUAGUUUCCAUGCUAGAACAAUUUUGAUUACUGUAUUCAUUUUCUUUAAAGAGGAAGUACAUCUACAGUAGAGUUGCUUAACUGUAUAUACAAUAAAUUCUUCAUCCUAACUGCAUAAAUUCUGAAAUGUUAUUUAUUUUCUCUCAGUCACUUAAUCAAACACCAUCUCAAUUUUUCUUUAAGCAACCAGAGCAAUGCCAACCUCUUUUCUCUAAUUACAGAAUUUGUACUGCACAUACAACAGCUGAAACACAUUUUUCUCUUUAGUUUUUUUCAGUUUCUUAGAAUACUAGAAUAAUAAAUAUGCUCUAAAGUGGAUAUAACUUGAUUUGCUCUCACUGCUCUCAUUUUAUCCAGUUGACAGAAUAAAUGUCUAAAGCCUAAAUUUAUAAUUCAUAGUGUUCAGCCAAUUCACAUGGAAAAACCACCCCUAAGUGUGUUUGACUUAAAUCACUAAAAACACUUCUCCAGUGCACAACACAACGCCACGUUUGAUUAGUAACACCUUUUAUACUCAUCCAAUAUAGGACUAUACAGUAGGCCUUAAAGUUACCAACACUAACUCAAAAAGCAGUAAGUCAGCUUGUGCAAAAUAAACAUGACCCAAAACUGCAUAAUAAAACUUCAAAAUCCUAAUUUUACAGAGCACUUGACAAACAGUUUUCCAUGGAACAGCUUUGCAUUUGAUUUCUCAGCUGGUAUAAAUCACUUCGGCAUGAAAUAUGGGAAACUGCUGGUCAGUCUUUUUUGUUUCAAACAAAGGCAGUAUAGGUAAAUCUGAGAAUAAACAGAAAAACCAACACUGACACUGUAGAUCCUUUGGCAUUUUCAUAGCUGGCACUUAUAUCAAAGGUCAGCUCGCAUCCCAGUGUGCAUUUCCUUCCAUAAUUCUGACUGUUCCCAUAAGUUACUAGUCUGUGGGCACUUUUCCCGGACCUACUGCUACUAGUUACUGGUUACUUCCCAUUUAAAUUAACAUGAUAAAAAUUGCUUUGACCACUGACACUGACAAUAAUUUCACAGUCAAAAUCCUCAAAGCUGUUUAGAUACCUGAGUGUUGCUGAAAUGUUUAUGGGAUCCAGUUGUCUGAAACCCUCUGUGGCUCUGCAUUCAGUAUCUGUAUUUCAGUUUUGCACAGUGCUGCCUGUUGACACAAAGGGCAAAUUGAGGGUCCGACUUUUCUUUAACUUCAAGUCAGCAGGAUCUUCUAGGUGCUUAAAAAUUAAGCUGUGUUUAAAUAUGCGCUUCAAAGCCUCAUCACAUACAAUUAGUUGUGAUGAUUUUUGGCUUGGCCCUUAGGGGAUGAUAUAGGUGGUCUGAAGUGGCCAGAAUCCUGAUGAAGAGUCCAUAAACUGCAACGUGUUCAAUCAAAAGCAGGGCACCUAUUUUGCUCUUCCUGCUAUACAGAAUUGAUGACACCACAUUUUAAAAGGUAGAAAAUACAGAUGCCUGUAGAAGCUCCAUGGCUUUUUCAGGAUUCAGCUGUGUUCCCUACCACCUUUCUAGAGAGUUCUUCAAGAUGCCACCGACCACAGGGAAAAUCUUCUUCCCGUUCCUUCCCCCCAUAGCACCUGCCCAGUAGUUGCUGGAGGACAUCAGUCAGGCUCCUGGAACAUAUCACCUGUGUGGUUUCAUCCACAAGGUCCUCAGUUUGUGCACACUGAGCCUGCUCUGCAGUGCAAACCCAUGCAUGGGAUGCAGUGUCAGCAACAGGCUCCAGAAAGAAUUAAAAUGGCAGUGCAGUUGCAUCCUUAAUCUAUCACUUCAACAUUUAUUCACGUCUUUUCCCUAAAAUUUACUUACCUCUAAUAUAGUUAAAGAGAGGCCUUGACAGUCUACUAACUAAAACAAUCAUCGUUGAUGCAAAAGGUCUAUCAGUUGUCACCCAUUGUUCACAGUUAACAAAAAAUUCGUUAUUUAACGAGGAAUAGAACUCCCAAAGCCCUACAGACCUAGUAUGUAUCUUGGAAAAUGAAGUGCUUUGAUCUACUAAACCUUCCCAUUUAUAUCAAUUUAUAUAGUAAAAAGAGUACUUGAUACAAACAUCUAACUGGGAUACAUGCAUGCAACCCAAAACAGGAGUGAAGGCAAGCAAAGUGGAGGAGUAAGUCUCUUCUAAGAUUGAACAGUCAGGUGGCAAUGUACUUGGAAGGGGGAUGCAACUUUGGUUCUCUGAAUGAAAUAGCAAAGCUGAAUAGUCCUCUUUCCUUCCAUUAUAAUUGAAAAACCCUCCAGUCAGACACUUUCUUGCUUUAACAAUUAUAAUUUAAAAGAUGUGAAAUUAGAAUAAGAUCUAAUUUCUUCUAUUGACGUGUAAUUUCUUAUUUUAUGACUUUCAGUUAUGCCAUCACUCAGAGGCUCUCCAGCACUAAAGUGUUUUAACAUUCUCUGUAAUUAACAUUUCAGAUGAAGUCAGCACAAAAUGUGCCAGUGAAUCAAGCAAGGUUUCCUGAAAUCAAAUUUAUCAAAUCACAAAUCAAAACUAAGGUUGAAGAUAGGGUCUGCUGGGCUGGGAGAUGAAAAAGGGCAUCUCACUCUUGGUCCAAGUUCUGAAAGGGUCCCCUAAUUUUCCUUUUACAACGUGUUCCUGGAACUGUCAUUUCAUCAGAAGAUUAUUGUAACAGCUGUAUGGCUUUAUAUAAACAAAAGCAGAAAGGAGGAAAGCCUGAUGUCUGGAAAGAAAAUUGAUUGCAGCAGUAUUCUGAAGGAAGAAAUGGCACCCUGAGACCAAAAACCAGAUACUAUAUUUUCUUUCCCUGGCCUUUAUCAUUGCCUUGGCAUUUCUACACAGCAACCAAUAUUCCAGAGUAUGAUCAAAUAUAAUAUCAUUGGUCUGAAUACUAAGUGUAAUAAAAACUGAAUAUGAACAAUGAAUGCUGGAAGGAUGUAGACCAGUCAAGAGAUUAAUGCUUCUGCAUUAUGAACAAAAGGAAGAAAAAGAUAGUCUAGUUGGGACUAGGCAAGGAUAAGUUGGGCUUUUUAAUAGGAACUAAUUAGAGGAAGGAAGCAAAAAAAAAAAAAAAAGAAAAAGGAUUUCCUGAACCAAAUGGAGUUCACAUACAGGAGCCGAUCAUGAGGGAGACAGAAGGUGAUGAAUACAAUGAUUUCUGAACACCAAACUGCAUGCAGCUGGAGCUCUGCCUGAAAACAUACGCUUAAAUCUUGGGAUAAUGAGGAAAGGUCAUAAAGCCAUUCCCACAUCUCAGAUGAACUUGGCAUAUUCCAUGAGCUGAAAUAUGCAAAGCAUAACUUUGAAUUUCCUGGUUUUUUUUCUGGUAGA